AUGGAUAACUUCACCGCCAUCGCCGAGUGCGAGAGGUCUUUUGGCCCAACAGCAACCGUUUGCAGCGAUCGGUUUGACUUCACCCUCCUCUUCGAACAGUCUGUGCUGAACAUCGGCCCGUCCGCAGUCUUACUCCUGGUGCUUCCGUUCCGGCUCCAACAGCUCUGUCGCCAACGCCGGAAAGUUUUGCGUCAUCCCCUCAACGCUGCCAAGAUCGCAGCAUGUCUCGUCUUUGGCGGUCUUCAGGUUGCCCUGCUGACGCUUUGGACAAAAGCACCGCUCUCUAACCAAACCUCGAUCGCCGCCUCCGUUCUGGGUGUCCUGGACGCUUUCGCGCUUGGUGUUCUCAGCUAUACGGAGCAUACCCGGACUAUUCGGCCUUCUAGCACCAUUUGCCUCUACCUCGUUUUUUCCUUGUUGUUUGACGCAGUGCAAUGCCGCACGCUAUGGCUCCUCCCAGGACUGCACGACCUCUCGGUCGCUUUCACUGCAAUGUUAUCGGUGAAGUUUGUCAUGUUCUUACUCGAGAUUAAGGGGAAGCGCCGAUUUCUCAUGACUGCUUUCCAAAGCCUGAGUCCUGAAGCUACCAGCGGGAUUGUCUCUCGAGGGUUCUUCUGGUGGCUUAAUGGCUUAUUGGGGAUGGGCUUCAAGGCAACCCUGUCUCCGUCGACUCUUUACGUCGUUGAUGACGAGCUACGGUCUGACCGCCUCCUCCAGAGAAUCAGUGGAUACUGGGACGAGAAGAGUGGGGGAAAGGAGCGUUCACUUUGGUUCUCGCUCUGCAAAAAAACGAAAACCGCAUUUUUCCUGACGGCAAUACCCCGACUUGCUCUGAUUGGCUUCAAGUGCUCUCAGCCCUUUUUGAUUAACAGAGUCAUCAGAUAUGUGGAUGGAGACCGAGGCUUCGAUCCCAAAUCCUUCGGGUACGGCUUGAUAGCCGCUACUGGGCUGGUGUAUCUCGGAAAUGCUUUGUCGAUGGGCUUUUACCAGCACAGACUCUUCCGCUUCAUCACCAUGAUCCGUGGAUCCCUGGUCUCCUUGAUCAUGUCAAAGAACCUCGAGAUCGUCCCAAAUGGGAGCGUAGAUUCUUCGGCACCUCUCACGUUGGUUAGUACCGAUGUGAGAACAAUCUGCAAAUCGUUCGAAGCCAUCCACGAGGUCUGGGCGAACCCGAUCGAAAUCGGCAUCGCCAUCUGGCUGCUUCAGAGGCAGCUCGGCCUUGGAAGUAUAGGCCCAGCCAUCACGAUUUUCGCCUGCACAGUCGGCACGGCCAAGUUGUCGAAGCUCAUGCCUCGAGCGUCCAAGAUAUGGAACGAAGAAAUUCAAAAGCGCAUUACAGUCACAUCGGAUGUGCUUGGCUCUAUCAAGGAGGCAAAGAUGCUUGGGAUGGUAGCGUUGCUGCAACAGGCAAUCCAGGAUCUCAGGAUAUCGGAGCUGGCCAGAGCGAAACGAUAUCGUGCUCUUAUCACCUACAUGAACAUGUUAGGCAAUACCCCUUCAAUGGUCGGUCCAGUUGUUACCUUUGGGAUCGCAAUCCUCGCCCAGAAAAUUAACGCCGGACUUUCGCUCUCCACUGCCACGGUCUUCACCUCCCUUUCAAUCAUCGGCCUCAUCUCACAGCCUUUAGCUCAACUGAUUGCCUCGGUUCCAGUUCUUGUAUCAUCCUUGGGAAGCUUUGAGAGGAUCCAGGCUUUCCUCGACCAAAGCACGGCGACAUCGACUAUAGUCACUCAAAGGGGCCCUUUAUCAGUAGAUCGUACUGGCCACGGAACAUUUCAACAUGGAGAGGGUUUCGAGAUGGAUGCCGUCUCAGGGCAAGCUCGUCCCACGCCGAGGGAUAUCGCAUUGAUUCAAAACGGCAACUUCUCAUUGAAGCCUGGUGCAGAACCAGUUCUACGCAGCAUAAAUCUCCGCAUCAAGUCCUCUACAAUGACUAUCAUCAUCGGGAGAGUGGGAUCUGGGAAGACUACUCUCCUUCGAGGGCUUCUGGGAGAGCUGUCAUCAAACGGAUCGGUCAGAACCUUGGGGGGAGCUGUGGCUUACUGCGCGCAAACGAGCUGGCUCACCACCUCCACCAUCAAAGAUAACAUUCUGGGCGAGACAGCUUUUGACGAAGACUGGUACGAAAAGGUUUUACAAGCAUGUGCUCUCGUGCGCGAUUUCGCACAGCUCCGUCAUGGAGACCAAACAGUGGUCGGGAGUAAAGGGCAGUCUCUUAGCGAAGGCCAGAAACAGCGCGUUGCUUUGGCACGGGCUGUCUACUCCAGAAAGCCGGUGCUUGUGGUCGACGAUGCGCUGAGCGGUUUGGACGUUGCCACAAGAAAUCAUGUCUGGAAUGGUCUCUUCGAACCUGCUGGGUUGGUUCGCCAAUACGGAGCCUCGGUAAUCCUGACUACACAUUCAUUGGACUAUCUCAGCUCUGCCGACAAUGUUGUGAUCCUGGGUGACGAUGGUCGCAUCGCGAAUCAGGGGACCUUUGAGUCCAUCCGGAGCAGCACCUAUCUAGAGAACCUCUCUAUUGAUAUCAACCGACGACACGACAAUGCAACUUCAUCGGGGGAUAUAGACCCCUUGGAGUCGAAAAAACAGGAUAGGCCACCGAAGAAUGACGCCGAGAUCGAUCCUGAGCAAGACCUUUUGAGAAGGGCAGGCGACACUACGCUUUAUUUGUAUUACUUUAAGUCAAUUGGUUGGCAGUAUGGAUCAGUCGGUGGGAUAUUCCUGGUCUUGAACUGCUUCGUCAACGUCUUUCCCCAACUUUGGCUCAAAUUCUGGACUGAGGACGAUGCAAGAACGGGCUCGGCGGAUACAGCCAUGUAUUUUGGGGUAUACUUUGCCAUAUCGAUGGUUGGUUUGCUUAUUAUUGGGGUCAACAUCUGGAUCAUGUUUGUCGUGAUAGUGCCGAAGUCUUCUCGGAACAUGCACUGGACGUUGCUUCAGUCCGUCAUGAGGGCACCCUUAUCAUUCUUCGUUUCGACCGACACUGGAAACUUGAUCAACAGAUUCAGUCAAGACCUGUCACAUAUUGAUCGGGACCUCCCGUCCGCCUUGUUCAUGACCUCGAUCGCUGUUCUUGACUGCCUUGCUGAAGGAGUCCUCAUCGUCAUCGGUGCCAAAUACCUUGCAGUUGCCAUCCCGUUUGUGUUGGGUAUCCUCUAUUGCCUACAGGCAUUCUACCUGAGGACAUCCCGUCAGAUGCGAUUUUUAGACCUUCAAGCCCAAGCGCCUCUUCUCACCAAGCUGAUCGAGACGAUUGAUGGGCUCUCGACUAUCCGGGCAUUCGGCUGGCAGGAAGCCUACAAGAGAGCCUCACUCGAUCUACUGGACCAGGCGCAGCGCCCUUACUAUCUGCUGUUUUGCAUACAGCGUUGGCUAACGUUAGUCCUGGACCUCCUUGUUGGCGCCAUCGCCGUGUUGCUCGUUUCAAUAGCCAUGAUGAUCCCGGACGCAACUAGUACUGGCGCGAUAGCGGUUGCGCUUUACAAUGUUCUCAGCUUCAACCGCUCCCUUGCCCACCUGAUCACUUCUUGGACGGAGUUGGAGACUUCUCUGGGAGCCAUCUCUCGACUGAGAACCUUUGAGGCCCAAACGCCAGUUGAGCCAUCGCCUUCCGAAGAAGACUCGGUUCAACUUCGACCUCACUGGCCGGCGCAUGGUCAGAUCGAGAUCACGAACACUACAGCCUCGUACUCUGUGGAUUCCAGACCAGUGCUCAAUAGCAUUUCCCUGUCAAUUAACCCAGGUGACAAAAUUGCCAUCCGCGGCCGCACUGGUAGCGGUAAAUCGUCUCUCAUUCUUGCCAUCUUCAAGCUCCUCGGCCUGGACUCCGGUUCGAUUGUGAUCGACGGAAUCGAUAUCGCUCGCGUCCCAAACAACCUGCUUCGACAACGACUUAUCGCAAUUCCCCAGGAGCCGCUUCUUUUCCCCGGUAGUCUGCGCAUAAAUCUUUUCCCCUAUGGCGACGAUCUGAGCGCCGAAGACAUACCGCCCGACGAAACCCUUAUCGACGCCCUCCGUAAGGUCUCUCUCUGGUCAAUCAUCUCAUUGCAUGGUGGUCUCGGUGCAGAAAUCUCAGACUUGCCACUCUCCAAGGGGCAAAAGCAGCUUCUGUGUCUUGCACGGGCAAUUGUCAGGAAGAAUCGCAGUCGGGUCCUGGUCCUUGACGAAGCCACCAGCGCCGUCGACCAAGAGACUGAGGAGAUGAUGACAGGUAUCAUACAGGCUGAAUUCGCCACCCACACAGUCAUUUCGGUGGUCCAUCGCCCACAAGCGCUUCGGGGAUUUGGAAAGGUAGUGACGUUGCAUGAAGGCAGAGUUGCAGAGAUAAAACUUGUGGGAUGCUGACGAUACCACCGUCUGCUGAUGUGGGUUCCAGAGCAUUGAGGCCAGUAAGAUCAUAGAAUGUAGUCGAUGGCCCUUCAGAUGGACGAGCAGAAACAAGACUCGAGCUCGCCAGAUAUAUUGACAACGGGCCCUAAACUCAAUGUAUCUUAUCAUGCCGGGGCCUGGCUUCUUCCCCUUGCACCUCGUCCCCACUACCUACCUAGCCCUGUUCUCUGGGCGUGUCGGCAAGACAGCCGGGGGGUUGCCGUUGAGCCGG